UUUUCUGGGUCACGCGAUGAGAUGGUGUUACUCUUUUGACGUCACCAAUUUUCAAUUAGUCACGCAACGGGCUAACGACUGGGAGACCUGGUAAUGAGCACAUUUUCCUUCUUCCCUUACGGGAGGAAAUGUUCUUUUAGUAUCGCUUAUUCACUGUGGCAUUCUUGGUGUUUUGGUGCUAAUUAGUCGCUCAAUAUAUCCAACUGGAUGCAAAGAACGCCCUCAUCGCAGUGGGGUUGCAAAUGAGUUGUAAUGCAUUGUCAAUGAAAACCUUACCACCAAGAUGCAGUCAGUAACUAAGAAGAAAGCGGAUCUAAAAAUUGUUAUUCUUGGGGAUGCCAGUGUUGGAAAAACAUCAUUGAUUCAAAGAUACCUACAAGGAAUUUUCACUGACAACAAUAUUAGUGUGGGUAUUUUAAUUAUUUAUUACAGACUACAAAAUUCUAGGGUGUUGAUGACAAAACAUCACUACUUUGAGNCAAGAAAUAGCUUCAAGGAGAAGCCUUUCUUCGAAACCAGCGCAAAAACCGGCGAAAAUGUGGAGGAGGUGUUUGAUUUUAUUCUGAACACUUGCUUGCCGUUAGACGACGAAGAAACUGCGAAAAAUUCCUUGCGACGGAAAUCUGGGCUUAAUCUUGAACACAAAUCAUCGAAUUCACGAAAUGACACUAAAAAGUGCUGUUGAUUAUACGUUCGUCUGUUCACUUAUGUUUGUGUGGUGUUUAAUGUACUCUUCCAAGUGGUGCCCAAGCAACAGGGGGAUCAGAGUUUGUUCGAGUUCAUCAACAAAGAUUUGCCUAAAGAAGCGCUUUAAAAGAGGCGCGUUUUCAUUUGCACGCGCAAUGUCAGCCUUUCUAUGCCUUAAGAUGAGGCACAAGAAAAAACGCUUAGAAGACUGAGGAGCAAAAUGAUCUGGGUACGGGAUUAUAUGGGGGAGGGGUUGGGAGGUUUACAAUUUUCCCGAGGGGGAGAUAGGAGGUUUUCUCUUUUCUCAGUACUGGAUGAAGUGUACACACUUCGUCCAGGGUCCCGUAUUCGCUAACAUUAUACAGAGAGGUUUUUUCAACUCCUCUUGUGCAGGCUUGUGAAUGCAUAGGCGUGUGACUUGCGACGGAACGCGCGUCCGCUCCCGAAUAGCAGUAUUCCGAGCGCGGGAGUCGCGCUUCUCGUGCUCCCUUGCAGUUAUCACACGAGAUAGAAAAAUAGAACUAUAACCUUAACGACGUCUUUUCUUUCGUGUGAUGAUGGUUGAGAAUGAAAAAUUCACCAUCAAGUUAGCGAAGAUUGGUGAUGUAAGCUAACCUGUAGACUACAUUGGGCCUGUUCACAAUAGCGACAUAACAGCAAGGUCGAGCAAAGGCAAGAAACUCCCGCGUCAUUUGUGGUCAGUGUGAACUACACAAGUUAUGUCUCUAGUGUGAACCAGGGUUUAGUGUUUCUUGUUAGGUCAUUUCAUCGAUGAAACACGUAUUUUGCUAUUUUAUAUAAUUUUUUUUGAGUUUUUUUUUUCUUUAUUUUUGGGACGCGGUAUAAUUUGUAAGACGAUCUUCAUUGAGUUGUUCAGUUCAACGUUGUGCGAUUUUCAAGUAUGUGCCUAUAUCUUUUAGUCCCGAUGUUAAAAACAUGCCGCUCAGUACAAAACCACGUAGGUGGAAACAAUAGUCCAUGUAAGUAAUAUUUAAUGACCGCUGAAAUCCAAAUAAUGGUUACGACAAUAUUAAUAAAUAAUAAGAAACAAAGCAACUGCCGUGAAUCGAAUUGUUUAGACGGCGAAAAGCAUCUUAAACACUCUUAAACGCAUUUACAUGGGUGACCACCAAAUGCCCGUGGGA